CUUGCCGUCGGUACCAAGCUCCAUAAAAAAAGCUUCAAGUUCAGCCCGUUUGAUUGACAAUUUGCAUAUGUGGCGAAAUAUAGUUGCAACAACUCCGCGCAAAGAUUCCGUGACCUGCAAGUAGGACAGAACCUAGCAAAUCGCACACAGCCAGCUCCUUUCGAAGACCGCAGGGAAAGGGCGGAAGCAGAAGUUGAAGAAGACGUAGGAAAAGGUAAGAAAUCUGUCCGUCACCGGAAAUUGGAUCAUUGCGUGACUCUCGCUUUCACCUCACUCUUGGGACUUGGUCGACUGGAGGAUGUCAACAUCGGAACCGAAGCGUCUUUCAACGAACCUGGCCACCAUGUACGGAAGAAUCGCUGCAGGUCACGAAAGGAUGAAGAUAUGCUUCUGUUCGGAUCUGGACAAGUCUGUGCUGAUCAGCAACUUCGAGAAGCGCGGCUGGGUGCAGGUUUCCGCCGACGACGAUUGGAACUUUUACUGGGCUGGCACCGGAACGUGUCGUAACAUCUUCAGCGUGGACAGCGGCUACCGGAUGCACGACAACCAGCUGAUCAACCACUUCCCCAACCACUACGAGCUCUCGCGGAAAGAUUUGCUCGUCAAAAACAUCAAACGCUACCGCAAAGACCUCGAGCGUGAUGGGAACCCGCUCGCGGAAAAGACCGAGAUCAACAUUCCGGGAGGGUCAAAGUACCUCUAUCUGGACUUUAUCCCGGUAACGUUCGUCCUGCCGGCCGAUUACAACAUGUUUGUCGAGGAGUACCGCAAGAAUCCGCAGAGCACGUGGAUUAUGAAGCCUUGUGGAAAGUCUCAGGGAGCAGGAAUAUUCCUGAUAAAUAAGUUGUCCAAGCUGAAGCGGUGGUCGCGCGAGGCGAAAACGUCGUUUCAUCCCCAGAUUGGGAAGGAGAGCUAUGUUAUUUCGAGAUACAUCGAAAACCCCCUCCUGAUUGGCGGCAAAAAGUUUGACCUACGCCUGUACGUCCUGGUGACGUCGUUCCGCCCCCUCAAGGCUUACCUGUUCCGGUUGGGCUUCUGUCGGUUCUGCACCGUCAAGUACGACACCAGCGUCACCGAGCUGGACAAUAUGUACGUGCACCUGACCAACGUGAGCGUCCAGAAGCACGGCGGUGAGUACAACAACCAUCACGGCGGCAAGUGGAGCGUCCAGAACUUGCGCCUGUACCUGGAGGGAACCCGCGGGAAGGAAGUUACGGACAAGCUGUUUGGGGCGAUCACCUGGUUGAUUGUGCACUCGUUGAAGGCCGUCUCGAGCGUGAUGGCCAGCGAUCGGCACUGCUUCGAGUGUUACGGGUACGACAUCAUCAUUGACAACGCGCUGAAGCCGUGGCUGGUGGAGGUUAAUGCGUCGCCCUCGUUGACGUCGACGACGGCCAACGAUAGGAUACUGAAGUACAAGUUGAUCGACAAUAUUUUGAACAUUGUGUUGCCACCGGAUGGUGUUCCGGAUGUAAGGUGGAACAAGAUCCCGAACCCGGAAAUGCUGGGCAAUUUUGACCUGCUGAUCGACGAGGAGAUUGCCGCGCAGGACGACGGAGCGCCCAACAACAACGGCAAAAGCAGAUCCAACAACAACCGGUGGAAAUGAGAUUAAAUCAACGACGACACGUGGUCACUUUUUUUUAAUGUUUCUUUUUUUUAUCUUUUCGAUACUCGUUUUGCUCAAUAAUUCAGCUUUUAUUUCUCAUUGUUUUUUUUGUUGGUUUUUGUUGUUUAGCGCAAAUUUGCUCUAUUGACAAUUGGUUUGAUUCGACUAGUGAAUUUCACUAUUUUUCUCUCCUGCGGUUUCGUUUACAAAUUGAUUCAAAUACAAAUUACAAAUGACGCGCUUCGUGUGCGAUUUGUGUGGAACGUGGUUGUUCACUGCCAAGUAACAAAUAUUUAAUUCGUCGUCGUCGUCGAUUCGCUAAUAAAAACAAUUUAGUUAGUUUUGUGUGACUUUUUGUCGUUCAAUCUGUUUGACGAACUGGUUCGAAAUCAUGACUUUCGUUAAACUGCUUCGUUAAAUAUUUCCUUUUUCUUCUCUCUUUCUCUAUAUAAGUUUUCUUUUUAGUUUUUGCUAGCAUUUGUUUUUAAAUCUUUUAUCUUUAUUCCAUAUGACUACAAUUGUGCGAACGUUUUCUUAUUUGUCAAUUAUUAUCCCAAAUUCUAAGUCUCGUAAAGACGCUUUAGUAGUAGAUACUUACCGCGUGUUGCUCUUGCGAGAGAGAUUUUGUGAGUGGUCUCGUUUGAAUUAAAUAGAACCCAAGAUCUCUUUUUUAAAUAAGUGUAGCGUGUAUCAAGAAUAUCGUCAAACCAAAAAAAAAAGCUUAAUAUAGGGAACAAUAGUAAAUGAAACUUCAAACAUGGAUUUACAUAGAGACGUGUAACAUUAGGUAGAUAAUUAAAAAAAACUUAGUAAAAA